AUGAGGAACGGCGAUGACCUGGAGGGCUUCGACGGCGAGGCGUCCAGCACCUCCAUGAUCUCGGGGGCCAGCAGCCCCUACCAGCCCACCACGGAGCCCGUCAGCCAGCGCCGCGGGCUGGGCGGCCUCCGCUGCGACCUGGACUACCUGCGGGGCACCUUCGGCAGGAUCAAGCUGGCCGAGGUGGUUUUGGCACUGAUUGCUUUCAUCUGCAUAGAGACCAUCAUGGAAUGCUCCCCUUGUGAAGGCCUUUAUUUCUUCGAGUUUGUGAGCUGUAGUGCGUUGGUGGUUACUGGAGUUCUGUUGCUUAUGUUCAGUCUAAAUCUUCACACAAGAAUACCACAGAUCAACUGGAAUCUUACUGAUCUGGUCAACACUGGACUCAGCACUUUCUUCUUUUUCAUUGCCUCUGUAGUACUUGCUGCUUUAAACCAUAAAACUGGAGCAGAAAUUGCUGCUGUGAUAUUUGGUUUCUUGGCAAUGGCAGUGUAUGCUGUGAACACGUACUUAGCUAUUAAAAAGUGGCGAAUGAACAGCAGACAACAAAGUAGUCGGCAGACCAGUGAUUACAUACGUGCUCGGACAGAAUCCAGAGAAGUAGAUCAUCGCCCUGAGAUUCAGCGUCUGGAUGCGUGAAAGCAACAUUCAAAUGGG